AUGCGGCCAAUCAAUCGCAGGCUCUGGCUAGCUAGCUUUAUUGCCUUGACCACAGCGCAGAUCACCAACGUCUCUAGCAGCAAAGCCACGGUCGACUACGCUCAAUACGUCAACCCUCUGAUAGGUUCAGAAGGGCCUAUACCCGGUCAGGCAUUUGGAGGAGGCGACAUCUUUGUUGGUGCUGCUGUACCCUUUGGAGUGGUGAAGCUCGGUAUCGAUACUUACGAGACCAACCUGAGCUUAGCCACAAUCAAUGGAGGCUAUACACCUCAAGGUCUUGUCACUGGUGUGUCCAUGAUGCACGAAAGCGGCACUGGAGGGCCUCCGAAAUACGGGAUUGUGCAUCAGAUGCCUCUUACCACAAUUCAGUCUCCUGUGAAUAUUCUGGACAAUACAACCUACUGGCAAAGGCGCGUCACUGAGACUGCACGUGUUGGAUACUACAGCACGAGUCUUGAGAACGGCAUCACUAUCUCGUUGUCAGCUGCUCGUCACAGUGGCAUCAUCCAGUACAGCUUCCCACCCGGCGAGGCACAUGUUUUGGUCGAUGUCUCUCACUACCUUCCUGCUCUCGGCUUCGGUCAAUAUACCUCACAAACAUUUCUUGGCGGUCAAAUCGAGCUGCAACAAGGUGGCAAGCAGUAUACAGGUUAUGGUCAAUACGGAGGAGGCUUUGGCGAAUGUGCACCCAUGCGUGUUUACUUUUGCGGUGAAUUUGAACAUGUGCCUAAUCAGGCUCAGACCUGGACAGCCAGAAACACAGAUCCGUACCAGCGACAGCAUGUAUUCUCCAACGAGCCCUACGGAAUGCCUAUUUUCGGAAACACGACUCAAGAAUCUGGCUUUCUUCUCGAUCGGGUAGGAGCAGUUUUUAGCUGGGCUAACUCAUCUUCGGCCACAACUGUGACCUCCAAGGUUGGAAUAUCCUUUAUCUCGGCAGAGAAAGCAUGCAUGUUCAAGGAUUCCGAGAUUUCAUCGUGGAAUGUCAAUGAUACUGUUCAGGCUACCGUGGAUGAAUGGAAUCAGAAUGUCUUCAGCAAGAUCCAAGUACCAACCGAUUCGUCACACAACGAGACCAACCUCAUUCUGUUAUACUCGAGCUUGUACUUCAUGCACCUCAUGCCAUCGGACCGCACUGGUGAAAAUCCACUGUGGGUAUCCAGUGAGCCAUCUUUCGAUGACAUUUACACUGCUUGGGACAUCUUCAGAUGCACGGUCACCCUAUACCAAUUACUACAACCAGACUAUUAUGAAGGCAUGAUACGUUCCCUGAUUGAUAUAUGGAGGCACGAAGGCUACAUGCCUGAUGGCCGAAGCGGCAACUACAACGGCUUGACGCAAGGAGGUUCAAAUGCAGAUAACAUUCUAGCUGAUGCCUAUGUCCGAGGUGUGAGAGGUGGUAUCGACUGGGGCGCAGGAUGGCUCGCGAUGGUAAAAGAUGCUGAAGUCGUGCCAUACAACACUUUCAGCCCGCUCGACAUGACUGGCAGCGUCAAAGAAGGACGUGGUGCGCUCUAUGACUGGAUUCCACUCGGCUUUUUAUCUCAAAAUCGCAGUGCUCGCUCCCUGUCAAGGAGUGUCGAGUAUGCUGCUAACGAUUUUGCCCUCUACCAGGUUGCGCUUGGUGAGGCACCAGACCAAGCUCAAAAAUACCUGAAUCGCUCAGCUCAAUGGCAGAACAAUUGGUCGCAUAAUGUUACCAGCGUCAACACUACUCCUAUAUUCACUGGCUUUCUCGCACCUCGUCUAUCAGACGGCACAUUCAAUCUCUCGGGAUACAAUCCAGCACUUUGCGGGGAGUGUGAAUGGGAUUCAAUUUCGUACGAAGGCACUCCAUUUGAAUACUCGUUCGCAGUGCCACAUGACCUUGACACAUUGAUCGACUUCAUGGGUGGCGCUGCUGGUUUUGAGCAGCGCCUCGACUACAUCUUUCAGCCAAAUACAUCUCAGCAAAACCUAGGGGCCAAUGGAGCCGGCAUCACCACGAUCAUGAACAUCGGCAACGAACCUGAUUUUGCGACACCAUACCUCUACAACUACCUUGGUAAACAACAUAAGUCGGUUCAGCGCUCUCGAGCUAUGGCGAAUCAGUACUUUCACAAUGCCAAUUAUGGUGUACCAGGAAACAGCGACGCAGGAGCCCUGAAUAGCUGGCUCGUCUGGCAAAUGCUCGGCUUGUAUCCUAUCGUUACGCAGCCGAUAUUCUUGCUUGAAAGUCCCUGGUUCAACGACAUCAACAUGACCAUUAACAAUAACGCAACAUUACGCAUAACCGCACACAAUCUUGACAACGCGAACAGUUAUUAUGUACAGUCAGUGCAAUUCAACGGACAGCCAUGGACGCAGAACUGGUUCAAGCAUAGCGAUAUUAUGAUGAAUGGGGGUACUAUUGAGUUUUUUAUGGGCUCGAAUCAGACACAAUGGGAGACUGGACCAGUACCACCAAGUCCUGGGCACGCUGGAAUACCAAACCCAAUAGGCGCCUAUAGCAUGGCUGAAACGAUUGGGUUGAAGAGGCUGAAGAAAAGAGAUCUCGUAUUUUGA